AUGAAAGAUAGUAUCUCCAAGCGAAGAUCGAACCAGUGUGCGUGCUACCCGAUGAAACCAGAAUCAACAUUCUUCCAUUCUUGCUCGAACAGGCAUUUUAUCGAACAGAUGGAGAUGCUUGGUGUGGGAUUUGUUGAUGGUAUUGCGGCAUAG